CGAUACUUACUUGGAGCACCGAGGAUUGUCCCAUUACCUUCGCCUUUAACUCCUUAUUUCUUACUCAGGGGCAUUCUGGAAAAACGAUAGACUUUUGACGGCCCCAAAUUUCAUCUUGCAUCUCUCCGCUACCUUUAGAACAAUGCGUACAGCACAAUAGACGGGAUUGCUGGUGUCUCGGCAACGAUUUCCACAAGCCAUCUCAUGAUCGGGAUCAAUUCUUCGAAGACCUACGACCGGAGGAUCACUUGGCAGGAUAUUUCCAGCAAGCAUGGCAUCCAAAUUCCACCCCGACUUCGAUAUUCCCUGGUGCGAGAGCCUCCUGCGCUCCGACAUCUCCAUUGUCGAAGUACCCUUUCAACACCCAUCCCGAAAUGACACUCCCUUGAACAAAGGUGUCUCCAACAGUAUGUUCAGAAAAACCCUCUAUAGCGCCGAUGCCAUUCGCGCUCAGAUAAGUUUCAAGCGGCCUACGACUGAACCCGAUUCCAUCAUUCCUUGGGAAUACUGCUAUCUCAUGUCACUGGGCUCCGGGAUCGACGGCAAAUCAGGUCGCGCACACGGAGGAUUCAAUGCUUUAGUCUUGGAUCAGAUCACAGGCACGGUGGCGUCGAUGGUGUCGGGGAGCUUCGCACCGGCGACAGCCACCAUGACAGUGGACUAUAAAGCGCCGAUUGACACGCCAGGGGUUGUACUAUGUCGCGCGUGGGCAGUAGAGCGACAGGGAAGGAAAACGUGGGUUAAGGCAAGGAUCGAGGACGGCAAGGGUAACCUCCUCGCAGGUGCAAAGUCGCUGUUUGUUGAUCCGAGACCGCAGAAAAUAUAG